AUGCCCAGUCAACGUCGAGGGCUCGGGUACCUCACCAAGAAGCUCCUCGGGGCUCUCUUGCUGACCCCUGAUGGCACACUUGCAUCACCUUCGUCCACGGGCAAGAAAGUCUUCGCCCAUUACAUGGUUGGAGACUCGACCACCCAGCAUCGCCAACAGGACAUCAAGGAUGCCAAAGCCAUCGGCAUCGACGGUUUCUCGCUCAACAUCGGCAAGCCCGACAGGGCCUUUGUGCGGGCGACCAUGAACGACAUGUUUGACUUUGCGGCUGGUCAAGAUUUUGGCCUGCACAUCAGCAUGGACCUUUGGGCUGCCGGUAACCCGCCAGACCGGAAGUAUAUGCCUGAUUACAAGUCACUGUUCGUCGACUUCUUUGGGCACCCUGCAUACGACCGAGGCGCCAAUGGUUUCCCCAUGGUCACAACCUUCUCUUCUGGAGGCACCGACAACUUGACUUGGGAGGAUUGGCGCGACCAGUUCGCUCAGCAAGUGUUUGUGAUUCCAAACCUGGAUGCCAUCCCAGGAUACUGGGAGUUUCAUCCGGGCUUUUGGGAGCAUUGGGGACAAGUUGUUGAUGGUCUCUUCAGCUGGGAGUCUGCUUGGCCUCUUCGCGAGGGCAAGGGCGGCGCUUUCCCGGGAGACAUCGGGCCUGAUAUGCCUCUCAUCAAAGGUAUGAAGACGUACAAGAAGAAGUACAUGAUCGGCCUCAGCCCGUUGCAGUACAAGGAUGCCUACGACACCAACAUCUACCGAGCCGGCGAUCUGAACUUGCCUACCCGCAUGCAGAACAUCCUGGCAAACCGAGAUGACAUCUACUACGUCAACGUUUUGACUUGGAACGACGGCCCCGAGUCCCACUACAUCGGCAGCAUCUGGCCGGAACAGAACACUGAUCCUGAGCCUGCCCACUACAUGAAGUUGCCGCACAAGGGCUGGCAGCGUGUCCUCGGCUCCUUCAUCGCAGCAUUCAAGGGAGAUGGAGUCAUGAGACCCUUUGGUGGUGACACGGUCACUGGCGCGUUUUGGUACAAGAGCAUCCUGUCGGACACAAAGUGCAGUGCUACUCCCAAGGAUGUUGGUAUUGAGCAACAAUAUCUAAACAAGCCUGAAUCAUACGAGACCGCCACGGACAAGGGUGCAUAUGCCGUCGUACUGCCCCAAGGCGCAUCGGGCUGGUCCAUGAGGGUACACAGCGGAGGCAAGACAGACACCAUCACUGGUCUCAAGGCUGGUUUGAACUCUGGAAACACUCAACUCAACGCGGGAGCCCAGAGCGUCGAGCUCCUCAACUCGGCCGGCCAAGUCGUCGCUGUUGCUGGAGGAGGUCGAUGUGUCUACGGAGAUGAUGAAUGCCCCGACUGCACUUACAACAUCAACCCCAACGUUGUCGAGUUCACCAGCGGUAGCAAACUGCCUGCUUCUUCCAAGUGCGACGAGAAGUGCAUAGCUAGUGGAGGAGGUGGUGACUGGGGUGAUAUCUCCAAGGAUGGAAAAUGUGGCCCCGAUCAUGGUAACACCAACUGCAUUGGCUCCACGUUUGGAUCUUGCUGUUCUCUCAAUGGCGAAUGCGGCAUGUCCACAGCCCAUUGCGGUACAGGCUGCAUCAAGUCUGCCGGUAUCUGCUUUGGCGGCAAGAAGACGGUUGACGACAAUGCUGCCGAGAAAGAAAGGGACAGUAACUGGCCCGAGGUCCUUGUCAAUGAGAUCUGUAAUCUCGAUAUGGACACAGAGGAUACCAAAUCUUUGACGAGCCGAUGGAUCCAGAGUGGUGCUGCCACUUGGUUUCUCAACUUCCUGAGGGAGCGUGGCGCCGAAAGAUGGACUGACGCGUUCUUCAAGAAAGUCAUGGACCAGAGCAGCCUAAAUUUCGACUGCACUGCUGUACUCUCGGGACACUGCAGCGGACCCGGAGAGAAAAAGUGCGCAACCUACAUCCCACCACCGUCAUACUACGUGCAUCUUCAGAUCGGGAAUCUUCACUCCGCCAUCGACCAGCUGUGGGCGGGUAUGGUCACCAACGGCAUCAAAAACCUGGCCUCUCGUAUCAAAGAAGUCGUCGAGACUUACGGCACGCCCCCGGAGUCUAAGAAUGCCCUCAUCCUCAACAUGUUUGUCGGUGUCUUGACCUCCCUGGCCGGCAUGUCGGGACACGUCAGCGACAUUUCCCCGGGCAGCACGAUGGGAAAGUUUGCCAACCCGCUGACAGUCUUCUCCGGUAUCUUUGCGCAAGCUUCGGCAGCUGACGGCGCCGUCAAGCGCAUCACGCCUGAGGAUCUGAACCGUGAUCUGGAGAAGGCCUACGGAAACAUGUUCACUGCCGUCAUGGGGCAGCUGAACGAUACUCUUCAAACCGUCUUUGGCGGCGUGCUCCCGGAGGGCUGGUCAAAGGAUGACAUUAGUCCCGAAGGCUACGUGUGGAUUCAUUUUGCCAAGGGUGAAUGGUUGAACUAUCACCUGAAAGAUGAAGCUGUCAACUUGUACGUCUCGAACACGCAGGAGAGAUUUAUAAGCCAGCCCCAUAUCGAGUUUGCGACUAUCACGGCCAUGAAGGCAGGCGGUAAAAAUCGCUACCGCCUACUGGCAUCUCCUCCAAAAUGCAUCAGCGAGGCGGAGUGCAACAAGAAGGACGGAGCCUAUUUUUACAAGGAUUACUGUCUUGCCUUUGGCUAUAUAGUUAGAGGAGGAAUAGCCCCCACGACGCCCUACCCUCUGGAGGGUAAAGAGCUCACUACCCUGCGCAAGUUUCUCCCCGACUUGAACGGAGCGCUUGUCAACAACUUUGACUGCUUUCCGUACCCGACGAUGCACCGCGAUGAGUGUCCACCCUAUACCUCGUUUCCCCUUCCCGACAAGUGCACCGAUAUCCCGGACCCUACCAUCCCGUCAGGCAAGGACUUGGACUUUACAAACCCUUUGAUAUAUCCCAAGUGCUACGUUAACUUUGCCACUAUACCAUGGGAGAAGUGCAUCGGUAAAGAGUAA